AUGGGCGCUACCAACGACGAGCUUGAGCUCAUUGACAAGCUUGUUGGCUCGGACGACGACAGUGACAAUCCCGAGAACGACGCUAUCGCCUUUGGCGAUGCCGGCCACGACAAGACCCUUGUCAGCGGCGUCAAGGCCCUGCUGAAGCGCAAGCAAGGCUCGCUCGCUGAACAAGAAGAAAAGCUCAUCAUCAUCCGCCUCGUCGUCAUCGUCGUCGCCGUCGUCGUCGGCCACGUCCUCGGCGACCUCGGUCUCGUCGCUCUCGUCCGGCGCCUCGUCGGCCUCGUCCGACUCGUCCUCAUACUCGUCGUCAUCUGGCCCGAGUUUGACACCAUUGCUCCGCCGCCGCCGCCGACACAGGGCCCGCCGCGCUGGUACCAUCUCCUCCCUUCGCUUGUCUCGCGCCGGCCCGAGGCCGCGCCGCACACCGUCCGCGCCGCCCGCCGCAAGGCCCAAGAGCUUGCUGACGCCGACAAGGCCCGCUUUGACGCCAUGACCACCGGCCGCAAGGCCCAGCGUGAGACCCGCUCCGACAACAUGUGGCUGAAGACCGUCCUCCGCACCGGUACCCUCACCGAUCGACUUGCCGCCAUGUCCAUCAUGCUCCAGCAGUCGCCCAUGUACCGGCUUGAAGUCCUUGACCAGCUCGUCCACAUGGCGAGCCGAAAGUCCGGCCGCGAGGCCGAGCUCGCGCUGCAGACCCUCAAGGACCUUUUUGUCGACUUUCUCCUCCCCUCGCACCGCCCGCUCGUCGCUUUUGCCGACCAGCCGCACGACCACCCAGACGUUGGCCCGCAGUACCUCGUCAUGUGGCUGUUUGAGGACAAGCUUCAGGUCCGCUUUGCCCGCUUCCUCGCCGCCCUCGAAGUCGCUCUCCUCUCCAACAUCGAGCACCUCAAGUCCAAGGCUCUCUCGUUUGCCUUUGCCCUCCUCGAGUCGCGCCCGGAGCAGGAGCAUGUCAUCCUCCGCCUCAUCGCCGAGCGCGUCGCCGACCCGAUGCGCAAGAUCGCCGCAAAGGUCCCCUACCUCUUGCACAAGCUGCUCAUCCAGCACCCGAGCAUGGACCUGGUCAUUGCCAAGGCUCUGCAGGCCGUCAUCUUUAAGCCGCACUCGUCGCAGCGCUCGCAGUAUUACGCCAUGAUCUUCCUCAACCAGCUCGUCCUCUCCGAAGACGCGCCCGACCUUCCGGACCUCCUCCUCCGCACCUACUUUUCCAUCUUCAAGCUUGCCGUCAAGGCCGGAGACGUCAAGUCGAAGCUCCUCGGUGCCAUCCUCACCGGCGUCAACCGCGCCUACCCAUACACCUCUCUCGAAGCCACCUUUUUCGAGAAGCACGUCGACACCCUUUUCAAGAUCGUCCACCUCACCGCCUUCAAGACCUCCGUCCAGGCCCUCUCCGUCAUCCUUCGCCUCAUCGACCGCAUCCCGGACCUCGCCGACCGCUUCUUCCGCGCUCUCUACGCAAAGCUCCGCGACCGCGACCUGCUGACCACCGCCAAGCCGGGCCUCUUCCUCAACGUUCUCUACAAGGGCCUCAAGGCCGACACCGACGUCAACCGCUCCAUCGCCCUCAUCCGCCGCACUCUCCAGGUUGCCGUUGGCGGCAAGCCCGAGUUCACCUGCGCUACACUCCUCCUCAUCUCCGAGGUCCUCAAGGCCAGGCCCAUUCUCUCGCGCACCAUCGUUCUCCCGAUCGAUGCCCCGCUUCCAGCGCCCGACGACGAUGGCUCUCCCGCCCAAAACGAGGGUAGCAGCGACACCGGAUCGGCCUCGGCCGACAACAACAACUCUCCCGCUCAGAACGAGCGCAGCAGUGACACCGGAUCGGCCUCAGCCUCUGCAUCUAGCUCGGCCUCGGCUUCCGACUCGGCCUCAGACUACGCCUCGGACUCGGAGGCGAGCUCGGCUGCCGGCGCCACCGAGUCCGCCCUCGACGCCAUGAUGAGUAGCGAGAAGAAGGCGCGCAGUGCUGCAAUUUCGAAGCCCAGCGCCAACGACGACGACCCGCUUUCCUACGCCGAGCCGCUGUACACCGUCAACGCGCGCGAGCCCAAGUUUGCCGGCGCCGAGAAGACUGGUAUGUUCGAGCUCAACGCCCUCACAAAGCACUUCCACCCCUCGGUCCGCAAGUUUGCCUCAACGCUCCUCGGCGGCUACCCGAUUGUCUACAACUCGGACCCGCUGGCCGACUUUACUCUCGCCGCCUUCCUCGACCGAUACGUCUACCGCAACCCGAAAAAGUCCGGCGGCGCAAGCGGGCUCUCGCUCAUGCAGCGCGUCCCGCAGCUCUCGGCCGCCAGGUCCAUCGUCCCCAGCUCGGCCGAGUUUGCCGAGCUGUCCGAGGACGCCGUCCCCGAGUCGGAUCUCUUCCUCCACAAGUUCUUUGUCGCCAGGCGUGCCAAGAACAAGCUCCGUGCCAACAACGACGCUGCCGAUCCCGAGGACCUCUCCAUGGGCGCCCUGCUUGGCUCGGUCCUCAAGGACAGCAUCAACGAGGAAGGCGCCGCUACUGGCUUCUCGUACGACGACAUCAACGCCAAUGACUUUGACGACGACAUCCAGCUUGACUCGACUGGCCACGCCGCCGCCGGCACAGUCACCGAAGCCGACCUCGAGGCCAUGAUGGAGGAGUAUUCGGACGACGUCGACUUUGACGAGGACUCGGACGAUGACGAUGACGGCGAAAAUGCCGCUCAGGGUGGAGGUGCCGCUGUCUCGUCCGUCUUUGCCGCCGCCAACGACUUCCAGGACAUGAUCGAGGCCGAUGUCCAGGCCCAGGCCUCCAAGGAGGCGCAGUGGGCCGACACACGCACCUCUGGCCGCGGCCGCGGUGGCCGUCGCGGUGGCCGUCGCGGCGGCGGAAGGGGCCGUGGUCGCGGUGGUGGCCGUGGCCGUGGCCGUGGCCGUGGCCGUGGCCGUGGCCGUGGUGGUCGUCGCGGUGGCCGUGGCCGCGGUGGCCGUGGUCGCCGAUAAACGCUCUGCCUACAUCUCA